AAUAAAUUUAAGAAUAAAAUUGUGAACUUUAAAAAAAUAUAUUGUAAACAUUUUGCUUGGAGCCUUCAAGCGCGGAUUAUCAUUAAAGGAUUUCCUUGGCUUUGUGUAUAAACAUUCGGCUUACAGAGCUCAUCUCAAGUGUUACUAAAAUAAAGAAAAAUUUAAUAAAUUAGUUAUUAAAACUUAACUGAAUUAACUUGUUUCAUUUGUGACAAGUUACAAACAAUUUAACCUCGCCAUGGCCAAUACAAAAUCCGAAAAUAAUAAAACGGAAAAUCUUUAUAUGCAAUUGAACACGUCGGAACUGACUGCCAUCAUCAUGAAAGGUUCACCCCAUUCAAACGAUCGCGAUGCCGGCUUUUGUUCAGGCAGUUCAGAAGGUGGCGAUGAUUUUUCAAUUGAUCACUCACGGCUCGAUCCGAGCAGUCCAACCGACGCCUCCGAGGAUUCAGUUGAAGUUAAGGUCUCACCUAUUGCUUUGGUGCGUAACAAACGUAAAAGUACCGAACCAUCAAAAGUUGUGUGCAAUCGUGAAGAAACUACAACAACAGCAGUAGCACCGCUUAAGAAGCGCAUACGGUACACAUCAACAACAGACUCUGCAGUUGUGCUAACACCACCAGCAGCAGCGACACCUCCACCACAACCCUGGGAUGCUAGUCAAGUCUUACCACACGAACUGAUGCCUAAUCCAGCACAUGUUUAUGUACGACAUCCAGGCGUUACCACUUUACAUAGAGCACCAAUUAACGAUAUGGCUGAGCAGCAGGAACCAUUGGCAUUAGUGCUAAAGAAACCCACACAAAACAACAACAACAACAACACUAACAGCAACAACAACAACAACAACAACAAUAACAGCAACAGCAACAGUAACAAUAAUGUAGAAACACAGAAAACACAAGAGUGUACAGUAAGUGGUACUGCUGGCAGUCCCACCAAAACUUAUAUAACUAAGAAAAUGCAACGUGUCUUGGCGGAAAGUGAGAAAUUCCAGGGUACACUCGAAACAGCCACAACAGCGUUACAAGCACGCAUUGCACAGCGUUCGGCCAUAGCCGCAACAGUUGCCAAUGCAAGCGCGCAUAACGUUACUAACCUCACUACUGGCAACACUCCCAAUGCCACAGCCGCCAGCGUAGCAGCAACGGUCAAUGGACGUCCUCAGCAACGCAACUACAAGAAUAUGACACGUGAACGCCGUAUCGAGGCCAAUGCCAGAGAGCGUACACGUGUACAUACCAUUUCAGCUGCAUACGAGACACUGCGCCGGGCUGUGCCAUCCUAUUCGAAUACACAGAAACUCUCCAAACUGUCGGUGCUCCGUGUGGCCUGUUCCUACAUACUCACUCUGAGUCGUAUGGCCGGCUAUGACUAUAGCGAGGAUCAAUCGGCACCUUCGAUUUCCUCUUGCUUCGAUGCGGUCACAGCAACCAUACAGACUGAAGGCAAGAUAAGAAAGAAGAAAGACGAAUAAAGUAAGGGGUGUGGUCUAUAUAUUGAAUAUUUUUUUAUGUGGUUUGUUAAGACUUUUGUAUAAUUAUUAAGUUUUACUUUUAAUAUUUAAU